AUGGUGGUAACCUUGAAAGCAUGUUGCACCGUGAGGCCAAUGGAAGAAACAUGGUGCGGACGCGUACCUUUGUCUGAAUGGGAUCAAACAGGUAAAGUAACCCACGUGCCCAUAAUCUACUUCUACCGUGCCCCACAAAACUGGCUCUCCCAAGACAAGACCAUUGCUUCCACCUUGAAGGACUCUUUAAGCCGAGUCCUGGUGCCGUUUUAUCCACUUGCUGGUCGUUUACAUUGGAUAAGCAAUGGUCGUUUAGAUCUUGAUUGCAACGCCAUGGGCAUUCGGUUCAUUGAAGCUGAGUCCUCAUCAACUUUAGAAGAUCUCGGUGACUUUUCACCGUCUUCAGAAUACCACUACCUUGUCCCCACUGUUGACUACUACUCCCUCCCGAUUCACGAGCUGCCGCUGGUUCUGGUUCAACUAACGAGGUUCAAAUGUGGUGGCAUUUGUAUUGGCGUAACACUUUCGCACGCGGUUGUGGAUGGACCAAGUGCAUUACACUUCAUGUGUGAGUGGGCAAGGCUUGCACGCGGCGAUCCUUUGCAAACGGUGCCGUUCCUUGACCGAAAAGUGUUGCGGGCUGGGGAGCCUCCUUUGGUGCCACUAACAAAAUGUCAUGUUCACACGGAAUUCGAUGAUCCUCCUUUGUUGCUGGGCCAAACUGAGAACAUUGAGGAAAGGAAGAAGGAAACCACGAUGGCUACCCUUAAAAUAAGCAAAACUCAAGUUGAAACACUGAAAAAGAGAGCAAAUGAGAGUUCGCACAGGCCUAGAAAUGGUGUUGGUUAUUCUCGUUACGAGAGUGUGGCUGGUCACAUAUGGAGAAGUGCAUGCAAGGCAAGAGGGCACGCAGAGAACCAACCAACUAUGCUUACUAUUAUCGUUGACACGAGGGGUCGCAUGGAACCUCCUCUGCCAGAAGGGUACUUUGGCAAUGCCUCUUUGGACACUGUUGCAUGUAGUCUUGCGGGUGAUUUGGUGUCCAAGCCUUUGGGGUAUGCGUCAAGUAGAAUAAGAGAGGCGAUUGAAAGGGUGAAUGAUGAGUACGUGAGGUCGGGAAUUGAGUUCUUGAAGAAUCAGGAGAAUUUGAGAAGGCUUCAUCAAGAUCUUCAUGCAGAAGGGAGGGAGAAGGAGCCUUUCUAUGGAAACCCCAAUUUGUCUGUGGUUAGUUGGUUGACGUUGCCGAUCUAUGGCAAUGAUUUUGGGUGGGGGAAGGAGGUUUAUAUGACUCCAGCAACACAUGACUUCGAUGGAGAUUUCGUGCUUCUUCCUGAUUCAGGAGGGGAUGGAUCUUUGCUGGUGUUUUUAGGUCUGCAAGUGGUGCAUAUGGAUGCAUUUAAGAAGCAUUUUUACGAGGACAUUGCAUAA